AUGCCUCGAAAAUCUUCAAGUAAUGUGUGGAAUUGUUUUAUAAAAAUUAGUGGUGGAGGAAAGUGUAAAUUAUGUGGGAAGGAAAUAAAAACUUCUGGUAAUACUAAUAAUUUAGCAAAUCAUAUCAGAAAACAUAAUGGUUUAGCAUUAGCAAGUAAAAUAAGUAAAGAAAGCAUUGGCGGCACUAGGAACAGUAGCGACCCUUCAGUUGCAGAGACACCAAAAAUGAAUGAAGAUGAAGACGAAGAAAUUGAUUUUUCUAAAAAUGAGGAUUUUAACGAAAAAGAUGGUGCAUCCUCAAUAUUGUCAGAAAGAUCAGCAACACCAACAUCUGGUGUCUCAUCACUCUCAUUUGCUAAUGCUACUUUUACUCAAAAAAGGAUUGAUGAUACAUUUGCUGAAAUAGGAUCAUAA